AGGGUACAGUUAACGUACGGACAACCACUGUUCAGUUGACGGUCGUUCAGAUCGCUGUUGUUUUUCACUCUUUGCUUGGUUUUUUAUUUCUUGGGAAAUUGCGCCAGGAACAGCUUCAACCAUGGCGAACGAACGGAGUGAUCUCAACACGGGGAUGCGCUGCGUCAAGUACAUGAUCUUCGUCAUCAAUUUCAUGUUUCUGCUCACAGCGAUCCUGCUGGUCACCGUUGGGUCCGCGAUCGGAACCAUCUUUGGAGACUUUGACACGUUCAUCGAUUCGCACUUUUCCUCGCCGGCCCAGCUGCUGGUGGCGAUCGGCUUCAUCAUGAUGUUCGUGUCAAUCUUUGGCUGCGUCGGCGCCGUACGCGAAAGCACCGCCAUGAUCAACAUCUACGGUGUCCUGCUGGCGCUGGUAUUCGUUCUGGAAGUGGCGGCAGCCAUUUCGGCAUUCGCGCUGCGCGGACAGGUGACGGAAAUGGUGCGACGCACCAUCAACCAAUCCAUGGUCAGCUACAACUCGAACCACUACGUUGCCAAGUCGGUGGACUUUAUGCAGAGUGCGUUGGAAUGCUGCGGCGUCGAGAGCUACCAAGACUGGCGAUUCUUCCUGGAAAAUGACACGUUUGCGACCAACGGCACGGACACUGCACCGCUGGUCGUUCCGGACUCGUGCUGCCAAAAGCCAACGUUUGGCGAGAUGUGCCAACCGUUCGAGUACGGCUGCCUCUCACGCAUGGAAUGGGUGGUAUCCCAAAGCGCCGCGUUGGUUGCAACUGGAGCUACCACGGUGGCGUUCGUCCAGAUUCUCGGCAGUAUCUGUGCCUUUAUGCUGGCCCGUACCAUUCGCCGUACCAAGUCACUGCGGGCCGCUCGGCGCUGGCAGCUGCAGCAGAGCCUGGGCAUCAUGACCAAGCCACACAAUCCGUCCUACACGCAGAUGGAAAAGUCCGAGAAGAACGCCGACGAGGAGAUGUACUUGCCCAAUAGUCCGAGCGUAAACUGAGGAUGCAAAAACGGUGACUUGGAAUUUCAACAGGUAUUGUUAAUGACAAGGAACGGGAGGUUUUACAUGUGAUUAAUAUAAAUAUUUGAUCUAUUCUCAGCAGAAGUAUUAUGUGAAAUAAAAAGAACUUUCUGAAACAUAGAAA